AUGGGCAAGCGCGGCCAGAAGGCCGACACUCAACCACCGUUGCCGAGGACAGUCGGAGCCGCCCGCAAGCGCAAGAAGAGUGGCAACGGCGGCGGCGAUGGGGACGACGUGCACUCCCAACCCCAGCUCUCGUUGGCUGCGUUCUCGUCCGCUUUCGAGUGCGGCACGUGUGGUUGCACCGACACCGAGCAGAAGAUGAGGGACACGACGGUGCCGUCCUGCACCGCCUGCUUCGACAGGUAUUCCAAGGGCUUCACCCAGUUCGGCUCCUUGGAGGUAGUCCAGCUGGGCGUGCAGGACGAGGAUUCGCACAUCCACGACUGCUGGGAGGAAGCCAAGCGAACCGAGGCGGGCGAGCGCGGGCAGUUCUUCCCGACGUCCGUCGACGAGGGGACAGAGUUCAUCGUCUCGGUCGUGAAGCCGAUGGUCGGCUUGAGUCGCGCGCAGCUCGUGGCAGACGUGCUCCACGAUGACCCCGAGAAGCUGGGCAUCAAGCUGCAGGACCUGCCCGACCACGAGGGGAACUGCUACAAAGGCAUCUUGAUACCCAGCCCGAACCGCCCGUACCUGGAGUACGACGUGGCCACCCAAGUCGUCGCCAAGAUGGCCGCGCACAAGAUGGUGCCGUCCCAGCAGAUGUUCGAGGCGCAGUCUGCGGGCACGUUCGCGUACGCAAUUGCGCAGGAGAGCAAGAUGAAGACCGUCUGCGUGAAGGCGCGCACGGAGAAUCAUACCUUGGAGUCCUUGAGGUUGAAGGGGGAUGCCUACAGGAAGGCGCAAGAGGAGCUCAAGGUGGCGCGCCAGCUUGCCGAGGAGCACGACUCGAGCCAGUUCGGCAGCCCGAGCGGUGCCCAAGCGGCUGCUGGGUCGCAGCUUGGUGGAGCUGUUGCUGUUUCGGCUGGCCCGAUGCUGAACCCGACGGCGAUGGCCUGCUCGCGGACCGUCUUCACGGGCGAGGGUGGCCGCGGUGUGCCGAGGACCCCAGGAGCGAAGCCCCGCACAGCCAAGUCGGCGGUGUCCGAGGCAAAGCAGUCCGAAGUGGAGGAGCUCGUCGAUCGUCGCAUUGCCGCUCUGGACGUGAACAGGUGCUGGUCAGGCGUCGCCAUGGGCCGCGAACUUCGCUGGGCCAAGGAGUCGCAUGCGACCAUCAUGGAGUCGAAUCCCACGGUGCAAGAUUCAGAGACAGCGGACAAACUACGUGAGCACAUCUCGGUCUGCGACGCGAUCUGCGGGCUCGUCGAGAAGCCCAUCGCGACCGUGCCGAAGCAAAAGCUCGAGGACCUCCUCUGUGCCAUCGAGAAGGGCGACGAGGAUAUGCCGAGCAAGUGGGAGAUGGACGUGCUGAAGCUGAAGGUCAGUGGUUCACGCUGGGGGUGGGUCAUAGGUGAGUCUCAUCCAGAUGGCAACGUUGACUACAAGUUCAAGCCGACGCGCCCAAGGGUCAUCACUUGCGACGGUAGCGUCUCGGACAAGAUGUCCAGUUGCGAAGGGUUCUUUUCGGAGGCGCUGGCCUACCACAUCCAGGCUGGCAGGGGCGGGCAGUCCAAGCUUGUCGCGUUCUGCAGCACGUGCCUCGACUGGCUCGACGACAAGUGCCCUGACGAUGAGACCUUCGACGAGCUCGUUUCGUCGAUGACUACGUGCUUGAAAGCGCUGCUGUGCAUCGCAGACCCCAUGUGCCUGGAGUACAGCGGCGCGCUCACGACAAUGACGGAUGCCAGAUCGUCGGAGCUUGGGAAGGUGUGCUUGCGCCACCUGAACUUGGCCGUGAAGCGCUCGACGCACUACACUGCUCUCAAGGAAGAGUUCGACCAGUUCUACCCGAAGACGAAUGAGCUUUUCCCCGUGAUGAUGAAGACGAUGUCGACGCUGGACGCUGGCUCGGACAUCAACGCGGUGGUGCAGUCUGGGUCUCUGAAGGCCGCGCUCGAGACGCUGCCGAAUGUCGCGACGUAUUGUCGGCCAGGGUCCUUCGACAAUUUCAAGCUCAAGGUGGCCGCGAAGAUCGGCGAGUACGUCGACUGCUACGUGUUUGGCGACGGUGUCAACGGCGCGGCUGACCCCGCACUGACUGCGUGGCUGGCCGAGAUGAAGGCGCUGAUCAUCAUGGCUAAGACCAGCUUGCCAGAGAAGCUCUCCUUGUGGCUGAAAGCGUUAGACCAGAUCGAGAGGAGGGAACGCGACAUCAACCAGUUCAACGCCUGCCAGGGCCUCUCGCGGCUUGCGACGUCCAUGACCGAGGAGUUCCUGACCAAUCCCGAGAAGCGCAACGGAGUGAUCCCCGUGAUCGAUUCUGUGCUGGCCGCUGGCGGCAAGGGCGUGGCGGACUACAGGGACAGCGCCGCCGCCAUCUUCUCGCACAUCUACGAGUGUGCUUGCAAGAACUGCGGUGAGCCGAAGGACGUGACCCCGUACCUGCACAUCCUCCUGAAGCUCGCCGAGACAGAUUGGUUGGUCGAGGACCAUGCGGCCAAGCUCAACAAGGUGACAGCCAUGCUCCAGCACUGGGGCCCGCUCGUGCAGCACCGCGAGGAGUGGAUACGAUUGGCGGGCGACGACAAGUCUCGGCUGCUUGAGGUCAACGCGGUCCGCGUCGUGCAGGGCAUUCGCUCCGCGAUCUUGUCUAUCCAGGCCGCUGGCUUCGCGCACGAGGUGAUCAGUUUAAACGUGGACCUGCAGGCAUCGAUCGACGAGAUGAAUGUGGCAGCGCAGGCGUGCACGGACAUGAUGACGGCAUCCCUCCAGCAGAAGACGAAUGUGUUGAAGCCGCUCUCCAAAGGCACCGACUCCUACGACCAGUCAUGGGACACGGGGCUGAAUGAGGGCGUGGGCAUCGAGAAAGUUUUGCAGCGGGUUGAGGAGACCAUCUUGACUAUUGACGGGAGUGCCUACCAGACGAUGAUCAAUGAGGUGAAUGAGGCCAUGGCGCAGGCGAAGUCGUGGGCUCAGACCUUCGACGUCACGACAGACAGCGAGGCCAUCAGUGAGGCCAAUGACGUAUUGAAGAUGGCCCUCGCCACGAAGUACACUGCGCUGUUGGUCCACGCCUACCGGACGAGCAACGGUCAGCCGCCGAAGCUGCGCCGCGUCGUGAACACCUACAAGAAGGAGAUGAUCGAGGCGAACAUCAUGAGCUACGUGCGCUCGGACGUCGUGGAGUGGGCGGCGAAGCUGUCGUCGCUCAAGGGCUGA